AUGUCUCUCCCUAUCAUCGAGAUUAUUCAUGGGAAAGCCAUUGAUGCUGUAACUGCUGAUCCCUGGAACAAGGCCAUAGUUGGACCUGCCCUGGAUAUCGUAGGAAAUGCACCUGGUUCUCUGAAGAUCUACCGCGGAUUGCAAACGGAGGAACCAAAGCAUCUCUACGUUUAUGUUGCGUGGACGGAGCUUCAGGCGCAUAAAAACUUCCAAGCAGAUCCUGUCAAUUACCCGGAAGUCGGAAAGCGCGUCGGAUCUUUCAUGGUCUCAGAUCGGGACAUGUUCCAUGUCGAGCCAUCCGCAGACCCGUACAAGGCGCUGAAUGCGCCAGUAACGGAGCUGGCAUUGUUAACUCCUAGGCCAGGAUACACGAAGGAGAACGUAGCAGAGAAGGUCAAGACCCUUGUGGAAUCCCCACACUCACUUCAGGAGGAUCUCGGGUUGAUCUCCGCAUUUUGGGGUCCGGUAGUGGAAAAGGAAAACACACUGGCUCUCAUCGUCGGAUGGAAAUCUGUGGAGGCUCAACGUGGUAUCUUCGCAGUCCCGCAGGUUGCCGCUCUGCUGAAAGCGUGCUCAGAGGUAGCAGAGCUGCAGGUGACCCUCGCGAGUUUACUCGAAUAUCCGUAA